CACCCCACCCCUUCUACACACACACACACACACAACAGCCACUCUUUAGCCGAGCCGUUAGUGCUGCCGCCCGCCAGUCAAUACCUUGCUGUUGUGUGGAACGAUAGGACGUCUUCUCUUCACAGUUUUUUUGGGGGUUUAUAACUUGCUUCUAGAAGCUUCUUACUUCAGAUCCCAGUGCUCCUCCAAGAUGUCUUAUGAUUAUGAGUCAUACAAUGAUCCACUCACCAGUGCUGGGAACAUGGAGUUUUCUGACAAGUCUGUUCGAAUGGGGUUUAUCAGGAAAGUGUACCUGAUCCUCAUGGCUCAGCUGGUUGUUACCUUUGGCAUGGUGGCUUUGUUCACACUGAGCAGUGAUGUCAAGAACUUCGUGCAUGCAACACCAGCUCUUUUCUAUGCAGCCUUAGUUGGCACAUUUGUGUGCAUCAUUGCUCUGUCAUGCUGUGGGAACCUCAGGCGGCGCACCCCACACAACUACAUCUUCCUGGCAAUCUUCACAGUGUGUGAGGGAUUCGUGCUGGGUACUGCAGCAGCAUCUUACACCCAAAAUGAAAUUUUGAUUGCUGUGGGUGUUACCGUUGUGGUAACCCUUUCCCUUACUCUUUUUGCUUUUCAAACAAAGAUCGACUUCACAGGAUGUGGAAUAUUUGUGUUUGUGUCAGUGAUUGUCCUCAUGCUCUUUGGCAUUCUUGCUAUGAUCUUCAGGAGCCAGGUGCUGAACUUGGUGUAUUCCUGUCUUGGGGCACUGCUGUUCUGCUUCUAUCUAGUAUUUGACACACAGCUCAUGAUCGGUGGACGUCACAAGUAUGCCCUCUCUCCUGAGGAGUAUGUGUUUGCUGCUCUCACACUGUACCUGGAUGUGGUCAACAUUUUCAUGUACAUCCUCUCAAUCAUUGGAAAUAGCCGUUCAUAAGGCCCUCUUGCUCUCACCCAUGCACCUCCUUAAAAGUUAUGUAAGUUUAUGGAAAUUUAUCUUAUGUUAAAGUAUUUAGGGAAAAUUCUCACAGCAUCAAGAUUGGUACAGUGUUAUUUAAUGAAAUAUGGUUUUAUAUAAGUUUGAGGUAGGAAUUUUUUAUUAAAGGAUAUAUAUAUAUAUAUAUAUAUAUAUAUAUAUAUAUAUAUAUAUAUAUAUAUAUAUAUAUAUAUAUAUAUAUAUAUAUAUAUAUAUAAGACUACAGAUUUGCGAGGAUAUUUAAAACACUACAGAUUUGCAUUUGGUAAACAAUGAUCAGCCUGCAUGAUAGAAUCUUGAUACAUCAUUACCUCUUUAAAGUGACUGGUAAAUUACACUCACACCUCAGUGCUGUGGAUCUCACUUUAAUGGAUUUCGGAAGCUGCGGACAGAAUCUGAAACAGCCGAGUCAUUUUGAAAGUCCUGCUCUCAUGGAUGGAGUUGUGGAAACACUGGACUGCUUCAAGAACAAACUGCUUAUUGCAGGCAGUCACUUUGUUUACAUCAGUGUAAUAGCAUGUGUACUUCAUUGCUCUUUGGUUUUUGCUCUUUUUAUGUGCUGUGUCUGAAUUAUCAUAAUUUUCUACAACUAUGCCAUCCCAUGGUAACCGUGGUCAGUACCCAGGAGAGUAGCAAUAGUGACAAGAAAGAUGAGAUGCUGGUGACAUUGCCAAAACUAUCGGAGGUGCGUAGCUGUAUGGACACUAUGCUACAGUUUGUGGAACACACCAAGAAUAGAUGUCAGUGUUCAGUAUGGAAAUCUCAGAAUUCUUUGAGAAGCCAUAAUUAAAGAACACUUUCAAAGUGACAAGCAAUUAAAAUUAGACAGUUUUUUUCAAACCAGUACAGACUCCGCAAUCACCUGAUGCACCAGUGGUACCAGCCAACUUUGUAGUUUCAAUGAUGUACUACUGGUUGUAGGCUGUGUUGGUUGUACAGAUGUAUCAGUAGUAUGUGAACACUUUGAGGUAGAGGCUGAUGGUUCAUUAGGUGACAAUGAGGGUGGACAGGAUGGUAUUGCUGGUGCAUUAGGUGAUCGUGGAGUCUGUACUGGUUUGAAAAAGCCAUCAAAUUUUAAUUGCUAGCCACUUUAAAAUUGUUCUUUAAUUAUGGCUUCUCGAAGAAUUCUGAGACUUCCAUAAUGAACAUUAAUAUCUCUAUUCUUGGUGUGUUCCACAAAUUGUAGCACAGUGCCCAUACAGAUAAGCACCUUCAAUAGUUUUGGCAAUGUCACCAGCACCUUGUCUUCCUCAUCACUGCUGCUACUCUCCUGGGCCAUGGUUAUCAUGGAUGCCAUGGUGUGUUUAAUUAAAAAUACAGUACAGUACUGUAUUUAUUCCUCUGUCUUUUGCAAUGUAAUUGUUGAUAUUACCCUCUCCUAACAUAACCUAAUGCUUAGCGUUGGUAUCUAUGGACAAUCGGCUUCAUCAGACUGAUGUUCCCCCUUAUAGGUCAUAGUGCUGAGGUAUGAGUGCACUUCAUCAGUGAUUUCUAGUUAUGGUAUAAUCACUUCCUUAUUGGUCUGGGAAAAUUAAUUGUUUAGGUGCUUACACUUGGAUGUAGCCCAAAUAUAUAUAUAUAUAUAUAUAUAUAUAUAUAUAUAUAUAUAUAUAUAUAUAUAUAUAUAUAUAUAUAUAUAUAUAUAUAUAUAUAUAUAUAUAUAUAUAUAUAUAUAUAUAUAUAUAUAUAUAUAUAUAUAUAUAUAUAUAUAUAUAUAUAUAUAUAUAUAUAUAUAUAUAUAUAUAUAUAUUAGGUAACUGACCUAUUUAUUAAUUUUACAAAGGAAUGUUGCUCUUCAGUUUUCACAGUCCAAGAAAAAAAUGGAAGUAAGAUUCAUACUUUUAUUUUCAAGAAAUAGUGCUUGUUUUGAGUUACAAAUUAAAUGUUAUUAAAUGGAUAUGCAGUGAAUCAGUACUUGUUAUGUGAAUUAUUUGAUAACAUGUUCCCUGCCUGAAUAGAAAUAAGAAUGACAUUCUGAUGCAGUUUUAGUUAAGAAGUUCCUGACUCUUUCUUCUCAAUUAAAUAUUGGGUGGUUAAGUCAUGUCAGGGGAUUUCAGAGCUGCCUAAACUGGCAGUAUAUUUUUUAAGGUUUAUUACUUAUUGUAUUUUUGCUUUCUUUCCAUUACCAGAAACUUUUAUUUAUGUUUACGAUGUUAAUGAAGGACUCAAGAUAUUCCUUCCAUAUGGUUUGUUGGGUUUGAAUAAAAGUGGAGUGCAGUAUGUGCUAGAAAACUGCAUAACAUUAAGAAGCCAUACACUGGGAGAUUGUAGGUUGGCCAGUCACAGCAGAGGGAGAUAAGGCAUUAGUUUCUUAAAAAAUGCAGUGCUCUCACUCAUACCAUGAGAUCUAAACAAAGAGGUACAAAUAUACAGACAAGGUGUUUAAAUCUCCUCUGUGCACAUAUCCAAGAAGUUGUAAUCUUCCCACACUCACUGGAAGUAGUUCUGCAGUCUGGUAUUGCUCUAACACACUCCUCAAGUGAAGUAAAGUGGCUGUUAUGUUAAUUUAUGCAAGUUUUAAAGUCUAUAGUGCUUGGAGAUAUUCUCAUGAGUAGAUUUUCUUUGUGGUAAUUAGGGGGGUUAACCUUCAUUUGCUCUUAAGCUAUUGUGAAUAUGAUAGUAAAGCUUUAAUAUAUGGUCUUGCACCUGCUUCUGUCACAAGGCAUUAUCACUGAUUGAAAGAAAUAUAUUAAAAAUAAAUAAAUUAAUUAAUUUAAUUAAAUUCUAUUAGUCUUGAUCUCGUGAUCUAGUCCACAAUUUUUUCCCCUUUAUAAUUGCUUUAAAGAGUACACACCACAGCAGUUAUGCUGUAGUAAACUGGAAGGAGAAUGAUUUUUUCCUGAACAUUAUUGUGCUUAUAUCAAUUUAAUAUAUAAAGACUACAGAUUAUUGGGAAGAAAUUUUGAUAAAUUUUUUGGAGUAAACCCAGAAGAGUUAGAGUUGUCAGAUUUAAAUGUACUCUACUUUUUUCCUUCCAAAACAUCAAAAUCUUAAAGCAGUGAUUACACUUUGAACAGCAUAAUGAAGAACAUGAUGUUUUGAAAUCAGCAGUCUUUAAGUGGUUUGCUGUGAGGAGUGGUAGUUCUUAGGUUGAUCUGAUCAUGUGAUCCCAGUGAUACUUACAUUCCUUUAGAUAAGUUAUAGUCAUAUGGAUAUUCUGUUGAGUUUGUUUUUCUAACAAUAUUGUCAAAGCUCUUGGCUUUAAUUAACAAAGACUUGUAAAGAAACCAUACAGCAAUAAAUACAGAGACAGAAUAUUGAAACAGACCUGAAUUUGAAUAAAUUUUUCUGGUAAUAUUUAGACUGGGAUGUACAUGGACAAUUAGGUGUGAUGACGGGCUGAAAGUACUUGCAAACAUAUUAACAGACUUCAGUGACUUAGACUGAAUAAUUCAUAGAAAGCUACAAAAACAUGCAUGUGCUAAGCAUUAUUAUCAGACCUAUUUAUAUGUCAGAAUCCAGUAUGUUUUCCUGGUAUCAGGAAUUGGUCUGGGUAUCAUGUCCAUAUUUCAAGUAUGACCACAGGGUGUAAGGGCAGUGUGGUUUGAUACCUUAGUUGCUGCCUUAAUUGAAGAGUUCAGGGAAUGAGUGUUUGUCUUUUACUAGCAUCACUUAAUAAAAACCAAAAUAUUUUCCUUAGGUUUUCAAUUUCUUAUUUUGUACUAGUUAAUUUAAUAAAAUGUAACUUCAUACAUGCAUUACUUUAGGUUUUACAUACUGUUUGUAAUUUAUUACUUUUCAUUUUUAGGUACUAGUAGUUUAUGUAACCAACUUUGAAGUAAUUUGUUCAUUCUCUCUCUCUCUCUCUCUCUCUCUCUCUCUCUCUCUCUCUCUCUCUCUCUCUCUCUCUCUCUCUCUCUCUCUCUCUCUCUCUCUCUCUCUCUCUCUCUCUCUCUCUCUCUCUCUCUCUCUCUCUCUCUCUCUCUCUCUCUCUCUCUCUCUCUCUCUCUCUCUCUCUCUCUCUCUCUCUCUCUCUUUUAAUAGAAGUAUGGCUAGACAUGAUAGGGAGUGUUAGACCAAAGCAAGUAAUAGCCUCAGCUUAUACAGUAAAUACGUAACUUCUUGAAUCAUAUGCUUGGCAAUGUCGUAGUUCCAAGUUUCUGUCUUGCCAGAUAGUGUGUGAAGUUCAGAACUAUGAAAAGACAAACACAAACAGUGACAGUUAGUCCAUAGUACUUCUGACAUUUAGUACUACAUUCUUCUUCUUCUUGUUAUCUGGUAACAGUGUUUGUCGAACAAAGUGUUUGACAGUGUGGAUGCACCCUAAGAAAUUACUGGGAUGUACUUUAUUAGUCAAAAAAAUGUUUACAUGCCAACAGCAUUUCAUAUUUGAAGAGGAACAAUGUUAUGAAGCAGAAUGGAAAGGCAUAUUGAUAUAUCUUUUAAUAGUAAUUUGAUACUUCAGGUCUGUUAAAAAAAAAAAAAAUAAGAAAACACACACACACACACACACACACACACACACACACACAGAGUGCAAACUGUAUUUUUUUUUGUGCAUGGUGUAAAUUGUCAUGAAAUUGCAUAUGGUUGAUGGUUUUGUUCAAUAUAUUUGAUGUGGUUUGGUAAAAUUGGUGAUGUGGUAGAGCACAAUAUGGUUUUGGGUAAUAGGUUGGUUGGUUUGGUUUGAUAAAUGCUGACAGUGUUAAAGGCAAUUUUAUUACUUGAAAUAUUGACCAAUUAGUCCUGAUUGGUCUGGUAGGCAUGAUACAGUUUGAGAAACAAAUAACUGAAUGACCUAAAAUAUUUGACUCUCUUUUCCAAAGUUUUGUUUGUGUACCAGGGAGUUUGCUGUAUUAUGUAAGCAGCUUUUUGUCAUUUAUUAAAGACUUGCUGUAU